AUGUUUAAUCAAACGUUUAGUCAACGUUCGAGGGUCAAAAUGUUCGACCGAACCAAACCAAACGUGAAAACCUUCCAAAAAUUCUUCAACUAUCAUAAACGCAUUUUAAUCCAGAGCCAGAUUUUUGGUCUCGUUUCUUUCACUUGCACAAAUCAGCAUUUUCGGUCGUCGAAACGACAAAAAUUGUGGAUCGUCGCUCUCAUUUUGAUAUAUUUAUCGCUCACUGGGUAUGUAAUAUACGCACACUUCAGAGGUCAAGUCGAGAAAGACACUAUUCCAAAAAUAUCUAAUAUAAUAAUCCUGAGCUGUUGUUCCCUCUACGUCAGCACCAUCUGGCUUACUAGCUUCUUCAACGGCGAGAAAAUCGGCGACUUUUUACAAAAAGUGGUGAUUUUUGACGACAAAGUCCAACUAGAAAGCGCCAGAUACCACAAAACCCAGAAACGAAUUUUGGUACACAUGGUGGGACGAUUCGUGUUUCUGACGUUUUAUAUAAGUUAUUUUCUCUUCAUGGACUUUGCGACUAAAACCGUUGUAAUAAUCCUGACUGAAUCUUGCGCUUACGUCCUGCUCGUAAUGAAUUCAGUAAUGUGCCAUCAAGCAGGCGAGUUAAUAUUGAUGUUGCGCGACAGGUUCAAAGUCCUGAAUAAAAGUCUGGACGUCUUGAUCAGACACUACUCCUCCAAUAUUAACGUUAUUUUGAAAAAGAAACCUCCAUUGAUGGCUUUGAACACAAUUUGUACCUUGCACCACCACCUGUCCAAACUCAUCAAAAUCUUCAACGAAAUCUUCGGUGUAGUGCUCCUCUUCAUGUUCGGAGUCAGCUUCAUCGUCAUAGUUCUGGCCCUGUUCUUCACGAGCGGCGAACUGCAGAGGCCCGGAGGCAUAAAGUGGUUGGAUGUGUUCUACAUGCUCAUGACCUGCGUCAGCUUUGUUAUAGACACCGUGUAUAUGUGUGACGUGUGCUACUCCACCAUACAAGAAGCGAGCAAAUCCGGCGAGCUCAUCCACAAAAUAGAGACCGAGGAGCACGACCUCAUCGACGAGAUCGAGAUGUUCUCGCUGCAGAUCGCCAACGAGCAGGUCGAGUUCAACGCGGCUGGAUUUUUCCCCAUAAAUUACACUCUGGUGUUUUCGAUUAUUGGAGGAGUCACUACGUAUAUUAUAAUAUUAAUACAAUUGUCGGCUACACUGAGGGAGUAG